AUGACCCCCAUCUCCGCCGUGGAAUCCGUCCCCGCCAAUCAACUCCUACGUCUCGUGGCCAAGUGCGAGGAUGUCAAGGGCUCAUCCAAGAGCUUCCCCAAGCACGAGGUGAAGCAUGUCUCUGACCAUAAGAGCGCUGCCCGGUGCGCGAAAUUUAGUCCUGAUGGAAAGUAUUUUUCAACUGGGAGUGCUGAUACAUCCAUUAAGUUUUUUGAGGUUGCUAAAAUUAAGCAGACUAUGGUAGGGGACUCCAAAGAUGGUCCUGCCAGGCCUGUGAUUCGCACAUUUUAUGAUCACACACAGGCCAUCAAUGGUCUGGAUUUUCAUCAUGAGAGUCCAAUACUGAUAUCAGCUGCAAAAGACAAUACAAUAAAGUAUGCUUAUCCUUAA